CUGGCUUGGCCCCGGGUGGUCCUGGCCUCGGGGUCGGCAGGCCUGCCUCAGCUGGCCCUGGAGUCCUGCACAGGAGGCUGGAAACCUGGAACGGCAGAAAGGAGGGGUCUGGCUCAGCGGACUGCUCCAGGCAGCUGAGCAAGCCUUGGGGCUUAGACAGGUGUGACUGAAGGAAGGCCUGACAGCUCUGGAGCGCUGCAGGGCCUGAUGGAGUUUUGAAGCACGUGGAAGAGGGUUUCUCUCAGGGAACCCCCUUCAGGAUGAGAAAGCAGAGGCCAAGGCCAGAGCCCGGCAUCUCUAGGGAGGAGGAGACAGAAACUCAAGGGCAGCACCAGUGGCUGGAGCUGCCGCUGCCGGUCAGGGCAGGGACCCAGCCGCGUCCGUGGAGGAAGGUGGAAGGACAAGCCAGUCCCAUCAGGCACAGCGGUGGCCUGAGCAGGGCGGGACAGCGAGCAGGCUCACUGGAGGAGGAACAUCAGAGAAGUGGAUCUGAAUGCCCCCGAAGGAUGGUUUAUCCAGGAAACACAGCGAUGCCCUCCUAGCCAGCCGCCACGGGAUGGAGGGCUUCAUGGACUCAGGGACACAGACUGAUGCCGUGGUGGUGCUGUCUUUGGCUCAGGCCGCCGUGCUGGGCCUGGUCUCGGAAAAUGAGCUCUUUGGAGCCACCAUAAGCGCCGAAGCCUUCUACCCGGACCUGGGGCCGGAGCUGUCCGGGGCAGCCAUAGGGGAGGCCCGGCCCCCGGGCCCGGACGUCUACCAGCUGGCCUGCCACGGGCGGGCCCUGGAGGAGCCGGCUGAGGAGGAGGUGCUGGAGGUGGAGGCGGCCUUCGAGAAGCACACCCGGCGGAAGACGCGGCCGCCUGUGCGCCUGGUGCCCAAGGUCAAGUUUGAGAAGGUGGAGGAGGAGGAGGAGGUCUACGAGGUGUCAGUGCCCGGCGGCGACGACAAGGAUGCCGGCCCAGCAGAGGCCCCAGCCGAGGCGGCCGGCGGCGGCUGCGAGGCCCUGGUGCAGAGCAGCGCGGUCAAGAUGAUCGACCUCAGCGUCUUCAGCCGCAAGCCCCGGACGCUGCGACACCUGCCCCGCGCCCCGCGGCCGGAGCUGGACGUAGCCCCCUUCGACCCCCACUUCCCCGACCCGGCCCGGGACGCCUUCGCCGAGCCCAGCAUGGCGCUACCCAGGCCAGAGGCCCUGCCCGUGGAGUGCAGCUUCGAGCCGCCGCACCUGCCCCCGCUGAGCGACCCCGAGCCCCCCACCAUGGAGUCCCCGGAGCCCGUGAAGCCGGAGCAGGGCUUCGUGUGGCAGGAGGUGGGCGAGUUCGAAGCGGACGCAGCCGGCUCGACGGUGGAGCGCCACAAGAAGGCCCAGCUGGACCGGCUGGACAUCAACGUGCAGAUUGACGACUCGUACCUGGUGGAGGCCGGCGACCGGCAGAAGCGCUGGCAGUGUCGCAUGUGCGAGAAGUCCUACACGUCCAAGUACAACCUGGUGACGCACAUCCUGGGCCACAACGGCAUCAAGCCGCAUUCCUGCCCGCACUGCAGCAAGCUCUUCAAGCAGCCCAGCCACCUGCAGACGCACCUGCUGACACACCAGGGCACCCGGCCACACAAGUGCCAGGUGUGCCAGAAGGCCUUCACGCAGACCAGCCACCUCAAGCGCCACAUGCUGCUGCACUCGGAGGUCAAGCCCUACAGCUGCCACUUCUGUGGCCGCGGCUUCGCCUACCCCAGCGAGCUCAAGGCCCACGAGGUGAAGCACGAGAGCGGCCGCUGCCACGUGUGCGUCGAGUGCGGCCUGGACUUCUCUACGCUGACGCAGCUCAAGCGCCACCUGGCCUCCCACCAAGGCCCCACCCUCUACCAGUGCCUGGAGUGCGACAAGUCCUUCCACUACCGCAGCCAGCUGCAGAAUCACAUGCUCAAGCACCAGAACGUGCGGCCCUUCGUGUGCACCGAGUGCGGCAUGGAAUUCAGCCAGAUCCACCACCUCAAGCAGCAUUCGCUCACCCAUAAGGGCGUGAAGGAGUUCAAGUGCGAGGUGUGCGGCCGGGAGUUCACCCUGCAGGCUAACAUGAAGCGGCACAUGCUGAUCCACACCAGCGUCCGGCCCUACCAGUGUCACAUCUGUUUCAAGACCUUCGUGCAGAAGCAGACCCUCAAGACCCACAUGAUCGUCCACUCGCCCGUGAAGCCGUUCAAAUGCAAGGUGUGCGGGAAGUCCUUCAACCGCAUGUACAACCUGCUGGGCCACAUGCACCUUCACGCGGGUAGCAAACCCUUCAAGUGCCCCUACUGCUCCAGCAAGUUCAACCUCAAGGGCAACCUGAGCCGGCACAUGAAGGUCAAGCACGGCGUCAUGGACAUCGGCCUGGACAGCCAAGACCCCAUGAUGGAGCUGACGGGCACGGACCCCUCUGAGCUUGACAGCCAGCAGGAAAUGGAGGACUUCGAGGAGAACGCCUACGCCUACGCGGGUGUGGAUGGCAGCGCCGAGGCCAGCGUCCUCUCCGAACAGGCCAUGAAAGAGAUGGCCUACUACAACGUGCUAUAGCACAGGCCGGGCCGCCCGGAACGGGGCGAGGAGGGCGUGAGGCGUGCCGGCUGCCUCCCUGCAGCUGAGGAACGAGCUGCUGCCCCGCUGUCCUGAGCCCUGCCCUCCCACUUGGUCGUUUGCACCACUAGGGACUUGGAGACCAAAUGGAGACUGUACUACAGGCCCCAGGCAUGGUGGGGAAGGAAGGAUGACCCGGGAAGCCCAGGUCCCCAUCUCCUGGGCCUGCUGCUGCGGGAGAAAUGCGGAUGGGGGCUGUUUGGGGACAGGCCACUAGGGCAGAGGUUCUGUCUUUCCGGGCCCAGCAGAGCGGGGGCAACCAGUGUUGGGGAGCCGCCCUCAUGGCUCCUCAGGGGCCCUGUCACUGGAGAAGAGAUCUCUUGAGCCAUGUCGUGUUUCUCCUCUGGACCAUCUCCUGUCUCUAGGGAUGGUGGAGCUCUUGUGCUGGUUGGUCAGCCCUGCUCCCCACAGUCACCCGCUCCCAUCAGCCCAUGGACUGGGAAAAGCCCAGGCCGAGCCCCCUUCCCCACCCAGUCCACAGACAGCCAGGCAGGGCCCUCUGCCUUCUACCUCCUGGUGCCCUCCACUCUCUCUGCCAGCCAGGCAUGCAUGCGGCCCCUAGGAAAGCAGGGUGCAGCCCCAACCCUGGCUACCAUCCUCUCCAGCCAGCCCCCAGAAAGCCCCCAUCUCACAGCCCUGUUUGGUUGGAAGUGAGUGUCCCAAAAGUGGAUUCCAACAAACUGUUACCCAGGGCAGCAGGCCAGGGUCCCCUGACAAAGCCAGGACAUGCAGUGCAUGAGGCACUUGCUAACAAAGGUGGCAGCCCCCCAAGUGAGGGGAACAGAGAGGGGGUCACUGGGGACCAAGAGGGGCUGUCCUCAAGGAGGCCAAGGAUGGCUUGUUGGGGGGAGGGGGGACUGGAGUUUUUCUUAUUUAAGGUCUAAUAAGGAUGCAUUUUGAGGAUGGGGACAGCCAAGAGUCACCAGAGUCCUAGGAAGAGCAACAUAUUUUAAAAAGGAAGACCAUAGAGAAAAAAAAAACAAAACACUUUUUUUUUUUUUUUUUUUUGAGCAAAGGGGGGGGUAUUUUGAAGGUAAUUUAUUUUUUUUCUUUCCAAAUCUGCGUCACCUAUUCUCUUUUCUGACGGACAUCAUUUUCUUUUUCCCAGCGGAAGCUUUCUUGUGUGCUGUGCGUGCUUUGUGGCUCCCCAACCAGCCAAGAGCAGCCCAGGGACUCGGGGUGGGGAUGGAGGGGGUACUUGCUGGUCUGGCCCUGGAGGGCGUGUGCAGCUGUGGGCAGGAAGCCUCAGGAGGUGAGGGCGAAAGGCAGGAGGGGGCAGAGCCUGGCAGGCCCUCCACCCCUGCCCGGCCCCUCCCGCCGGUGACUCGCUCCAUGCCGCUCAGAGCAGUGGCCAGAGCUCCCAUGCCUGCCUGUUCUCAGCCCCUCUGUCCCCAGCUCCUGCCUCAGAGCUGAAAAAGACUGCAGGGCCCCCGGGGCGGUGAAAGAGCACAUUGAGGAAUGCCAGGGCACCCAGACUCCCACCCACUCGCACCGUGAGGACUGUGAGAUGGGGUGGGAGUGGGGGCAGGCAGGGCCAUCCGCAGAGGCACAGGAGGUGAGGCCUUGGGCCCCAGGGAGCAGCUGGGAGAAGGUGCCCCCAGAGCUGUGUCCUUCCUGAAGGACCAGUGGCAACCCACUCCAGUAUCCUUGCCUGGAGAAUCCCCAUGCACAGAGGAGCCCGUCGGGCUACAGUCCAUGGGGUGGCAAAGAGUUGGACACAACUGAGUGACUAACACACACACACACACAUACACACAAGCCAGGCCUCAGGGUGGCUGAGAUCAGGAUGGGGGGAGGGGAGGACACAGAAGCCUCAGGAUCAGGCAGCCAGGUGCCCCUUCCUUCUUCACUAGAGUUCAUGCUGAGCAGCAAAUGGGAGGACUGGGGGUCCUCACUCACCCCAAGUGUGGCUCUCUAGACCCCGAGUCCCCCAGCCUCCCAGGUGCCCGCCAUGACGACCCUCAGGUGGCAGUGACCCCGUCACUGUAGAUGACAUUUUCUCCUGCUGAGCAGAAGCGUUGUCCCCUGCAAACUACCUCUUUCCACCACGUCUUCUCCCCCCACCCCAGGUACCAAAAACAAAAACCCGUAUCUCCUCCUCCUCCUCUUUCCGGCCACCCGGUGGCCUUGGUCUUGGAAGCCCACAGGACAAGGUCCAGCCCCCAGGCUGGCGCUCUCCUGGCUUCCCCCAGCCCCGCCAUCAGCACCAGCCCUCUGAGAGGUUCCAUACUUGAACAACCCCCCACCCCCGCCCCCGCCCCGUGCCUUGGACCUGGGCAAGGCUGAGAGAAGGAAGCAGCAGCACAACUCACAACCUGAGCUGGGGGCGAGGGCGGCGGUCUCAGCAAGGCUCCUGUCCUCACCCCGCCCCGCCCCGCCCCCACCUGUUCAGAAGAGGCCCUCCAGGCCUCUCACGUGACUUGGAAACUCCUGGACGAACUCCAUUCUAACUUAUUUUGACAUGUAUACGAACCAACUGUUUUAGAAAUUCCACUCGUGCAAAGCCCUACUGUGUUUUUAUGUUCCUGUUUCAAAGAGAAGUUUACUUAGCAAUAAUUAUAAAUAAAUGAAUAUUCUUUA